AAUUUUUAGAAUAAUCGAAUAAACAAAAGUAAACUUCGGACAAUCUUUUUAAGAAACGGUGAAAUAUUCCAAUAGAAACAAAAAAAGCAAGAAGAGAACUGUAAAGAAAAUGUUGCGUAUACCAGGCAUGCCAUUCUUGCCGGGAACGGUGUUCCGGGAUAUUACCAAAAGUCAUUAUCCGAAGCCGCAAAGUUUAAUGAAUUACCAGGGUAUUAGUAUGCUGUCAGAUCGUAAACCGCCCGGUCUAGUAGAUUCGAGUGGUUUUGUUAUCGAUCCCAAUUGUCCGCCAGUAUCAGUACCGUCUAUUUAUCCGCCGAAAAUAGGACCUAAGUUGCCGCCGUGGCUAGCUUAUGACAAGCAGGUCUUAUGUUUUAAUGCCUAUUUUAAAGAAACUUUACAGGAAGUAUAUCAGGCACCGUUUCAAGUGCGGAGAGUUAAAAUUUUAUAUUAUCUAGAAGACGGUACUAUGCAGGUCUUAGAACCGAAAGUUGAGAACUCGGGAAUACCGCAAGGCUGCAUGGUUCAUCGUCAACGUAUACCCAAGCCCCCGCCAUGCCAAUCGGACUUUAUAUCUAUUUUGGAUUUAAAUGUGGAUCAGACGAUACAGAUUUUCGAUCGGGUUUAUCAUAUAACAAGUUGUGAUAAAUUUACCAGACACUUCCUUAACAAAUCUGGGAUUCCAGUACCAGAUCCCGUGGACGCACCCACCGAUCCUACCACAGAAAUGCGUAAACGCGCCGACCGCAAAGCAACUAUCACUAAGGAGAAAAAACAUCCUUUUGCUCAAUUUUUGGAAUUCGAUCGCAUCGUUUUAAAAUUUUCAGCUUAUUGGGACGAUCGCACGGAGUUUGGUGAUGUGCGUCGAUUGGAAGUGUGCUAUUAUCUCUCCGAUGACACAAUUGAUAUCAAAGAAAUAUUUCCACGAAAUUCAGGACGUGAAGGACCCUCAACUUUCUUGAAAAGAAGCAAAUUACCCAGAGAAUUUAGUGGCAUUCCGUUGCCAGGAGAACAAACACCCCAAAGCCUACUUAACGUUUUAGGUACAAAUAUGCGGAAUGUACGUUAUGUUGUAGAUCCUUUGGAUGUAGGUCGGAAAGACAUCAUUUUUUAUAAGGACAAGGAUCUACAAAUAGGAACAGUACUCAACGUCUAUGGUCGUGCGAUAGUUUUAACAGAUUGCGAUGAAUUUACCCAAAGUUAUUAUCGUAAACGGUAUGGCAUCGAAGAUUUUACUCCAGCUCCCGUACCAAUACGGGCUGACGAUUGCAUACCUUCAAAAAUUAAAGAACGAAUUUUGCCACCUUACAACGGCUGGGGUACGUAUGAAGACUCGGAGGGCAAUUGUCUGUCAGUGGAACCGAAACCGCCACAGGCCGAUUUCAAAAAGUUCAUACAAUUGGAUCGCUUUGUUUUACGUUAUGGCGCGAAACUUCUGUCGACCAUCAAAGAAAAUUGUGAAAGAGUGUUUAUAGUCUCUUAUUACCUGUCCGAUGACACCAUACAAAUAUAUGAGAUUGCUGAACGCAACUCCGGUUUCUUGGGUGGAGAAUUUAUGAAGCGUACACGCAUUCCGCUGCCUGGUCAGGAAAAGUUCACAUCAAGACGUCCGCAGUACUAUCAACCAUACAAUUUCUAUAUUGGCGCUACGAUAAGUCUAAAAGAUCAUAUAUUUCAUAUUGUCUCAGCUGAUGAAUAUACCCUGAUCUAUAUGGAACAUCAUCCUCAAGAGUUCCCCUUAGCGGACGUUAAGACAAUUAUGAGUAAAAUACGUGAAGCUAUACGUCCCACCUAUAAGAAUUUCGUGUGCAAUUGUUUGUCAGAAUCGGGUGGCGAUCAAAAAGAUGUACACUUCAUAGGCUACGAAUCGCUAAAGAGAGCGCUGGUUGACGCGUUAGCCGAUAAUAUCACCAAUCACGAAAUAAUCACUUUAUGUCGUCACUUCUCGGCUGAACAAGCUCCGCCCAUUACCUGUAAUAAAGAAAAUGUCCUGGGUGCAGUACGAUUGGAAUUGAAAAGAACUCUCUGGAAUGCUAUGGAUGAACUAAAAGAACACCUUUAUCAUAUCAAUCCGCUGAAUAAACCAUUCCUGGCCGAAGUAAAAUUAAGAUCUACGCUGAAAGGUUGUCGUUUGCCAUUCUCGAAGGAAUUGAUCGAUGAUAUGAUGUCAGUAUUGAAUAAAAACGAUUGCGGCGAAAUAGAAGUUUGUGAUUUUCUCAAUUUCCUUGAUAUGAGUUGCGGCAGUGGACCAGACAUAACGCCCGUCAACGUUGCUUUUGAAUUGUGUCCAAAAAUACCGUUUUUGCAUAAGGGCCGUUUAGUAAACUUCUCUUGCUUUUUGGAGUACUUAGGUUUGGAACAAGACUUAAAAAAAGACGGUGAAUAGA